UUAUUUUGAAAAUAACCGGCCGGAAAAGGUGUUGGAACAGAUCGUUGAUGUCAACAGCAGCGACGAGGUGUUCGGUUCCUUCAGACACCAUUCGAGCCCCCCGGAGGAAGACGCAUCGCCUUCACCACCACGGACUCGGGCUGCUACUCUGUGGACGACCUAGCAUCACUGUACAGAGUGAGUUGGUGCUGUAGCGUCCUUCUGCACUGAGCGUCAUGUCUUCAGAGCUGCUGGUGGAGUUGGGUGAAGACCCUGCGACUGCACAGCUGGGACAGCUGAAGCUUACCACGUUGGAGGACCAGCAGUGGUCCGCUGAUGAGUCUACUCUCAGCAAGUCAGAGAAGGACGUCUCCCAGCGCUUUGACGCUGACUCCCCCCACCUCCCGUGGGACCAUCCCUACUAUGACAUCGCCCGGCAUCAGAUCAUUGAAGUGGCAGGUGAUGAUAACUUUGGCAGGAAGGUGAUCGUGUUUAACGCAUGCAGGAUGCCACCACACCACCAACUGGAUCAUCACAAGCUGCUCAUGUAUCUUAAAGGAACCCUGGAUCAGUAUGUGGAAAGUGACUACACGCUGAUCUAUUUCCACCACGGGCUGACCGCUGAAAACAAACCCUCUCUCAGCUGGCUACGAGACGCAUACAGAGAGUUUGACAGAAAGUACAAGAAGAACAUCAAGGCUCUGUAUAUCGUCCAUCCGACCAUGUUCAUCAAGACUCUGCUGAUCCUCUUCAAACCAAUCAUCAGUUUUAAGUUUGGCAGGAAAAUCAACUAUGUGAACUAUCUGAGUGAGCUGGAGGACGUGGUGAAAUGUGAGCAGCUGAUCAUUCCUGCCCGUGUCAAAGCGUACGACAACAAGCUGAGAGCAUCUCUUAAGCCGAGCGCACAGCCCCUUGUAUCUCCUCUUCUCAGCCCCCCCCUCCCCGGGCAGGUGUUUGGAGUGCCUCUUCUAAUGCUGAGACAGAGGAGUCCAGAUGGAGAUGCUAUUCCCGUGGUGAUGAGAGACACCAUCAGCUUCCUGUCAGAGCAAGGUUUGGAGAUUGAAGGGAUCUUCAGACGGUCUGCUAAUGUGACUCUGGUGAAGCAGGUCCAGCUCAGAUACAACUCUGGUGAGGCGGUAGAUUUCAGAGAAAUGGAAGACAUACACCUGGCUGCUGUGAUUCUGAAGACUUUCCUGAGGGAACUACCUGAGCCUCUGCUCACCUACCAGCUCUACAACGACAUCAUCAAUUUCAGCGCUGUUUCCAGUGACAACCAGGAGUCCCUGAUGAAGACGCUGGUGGAGUCGCUGCCAGAGGAGAACUAUGAAGCACUUCGAUUCCUCAUCACAUUCCUGGCACAGGUAUCUGCCAACAGUGAAGUGAACAAGAUGACCAACAGUAACCUGGCCGUGGUGUUUGGUCCUAAUCUGCUCUGGGGGCGGGACAACGCCAUGUCCCUCAGCGCCAUUGGCCCAAUCAACAACUUUACCAGAACCCUGCUUGACCAGCAGCAUCUGGUCUUUACCUAAAUCUUCCUCUCCCCAGUCAGCACCACUAUACACGUUAAAAAUAUCCAGUGGAUCAGCUAUAUUUCAUUCAAUAUCACAUUCCCAUUGGCCCAUGAGCAGGGUAUCAUUGUCAUACCAGGCGGUGUCCUAGCCUGCUGCUGUCUGCUGGUCCUCCUAUCUUCGUAAUUGCAGGCAUGUGGGUGUAACAGAUACAGGUUAGACUGCAGCCAGAGGUCACUUUGGUGCAUUUUUUCUGCUUUUGUUGUUGCUUUUUGUCCUUCUCAUUCACAUUAAUCAGUCUCAUAAACAGAAAACUAGCUGACAUGAGGUGAAAGAGUCACUCCUGGAUUUUGUCUCAGCAUUUUAUCUCUCACGAGACCCUGAAAAAAAUAAUGUGGUCAGAAUUAAACCACUGGUUGCUAUGUCGAUGUCCUGACGCACUAGUUCCUACAAGUCCCACAAUGCAGCGUAAUUUGAGCUGCCUGGUGGAUCCAGACUUGUAGUUAAGGGCUCCUAUUAUAUAUUUGCAGUCUCCCAGCCAAGCUGACGUCACUUUGUCACAUGUGAUACAGUUCAGAGGACAAAUAAAGGUGUCACAUAAUCAGGGAGUGUGUCUUUCACCACAUCCAUCAUCAUGUCCAACACAAUUCCUUGAUGCAUGUGUUAAUAUCUCAUUACAUUGAUUUCUAACUAACAGCAGUUUGCUUCAGAUCAGUCAUCUCUGUAUUCAGACUGUCUCUGUUGUCUCCAUCAAGUGUCAGUGAACUGGCCUCCAGCUGUCACACGGAAAGCCGUGCGAUGGCACUCCAUCAAUAAUACGCAUAGAUCAUGUCCCUCUAUUAUGAAAGAGAGAGAUGGUCGCGGAGUUGUUGAGUAACAUCGGAACAAAGACCAGGGGAAGAUGGCUCUGCUGUCCACCACUUACGCUUUACAUAAAAAACAGAAUUUUAUUUUUGUCUGUCGUUGACUUGUGUUUUGUUUUUCAUGUUGUUCCCUAGGACAACUUUAAGCACUUUAAUUCACUACCGGCAUAGAGCAGCAGUGCUACAAUGGAAAAAAAUAAAUGGCCAAACUAAAAAUCCAUCCUUAAAUCCAUUUGAAUUUGCUGAAAGCGGAGCUGUAGCAAUCUGCUGAAUUUUUUAUAGUUGGUAUUAAUCAGGGUAUGUCUUUUUCCAUAUAUAAUAGAGAUAAAACAGGUUCUCAUCGUUACUAUUAUUAUCGGUAUUAUUUCAAGUAACAUUAGGACCGGAUUAAAAAAUUUGUACUUCAUUUUAGAAAAACAAACUGAUCUGCAACUUUAUAUUCAGUUCAUUCAGGUGUAAAGGGAUAUCAAUCAAAAAAGGCCAGUAUAUUAUAUUAUUCUCACCUUCUAAAAAGAUAAAUGUGUGCAAUCACUUUAUCAGUGGUUAUUAAAAUCCCUGAUGUCCUCUGUUACUCAGUGAAUUCAUAUGUUAGGCUUGAGUUCUUACGUUAAGUAUUUUCUGUGCCUUUAUUCCAUAUGUAUGUUUGCUUGAAGUUUUCUUUGUCUCUUGAGUGAAACUUCACAUUAUCUCCUUUAAUAUUCACCUAUCUAUAUGAGACAUUCUGGUUCUAUUACUGGUGAAAGGUUCUGGUCCCUAUGACCUCAUUCCUCCUUUUGGAGAACCUUGUGUGACUCUUGUGCCUCCUUCUCUGACCCGUGUUUAUCUCACUAGAGUCGUGGGCGAAAAUCAUUGUAAUACACACAUUUCAUUGCCUGAGCAGCAUCAUGUGAGAAGAUGUACCUGGGCCGCUAAAUAAGUUCUGUAAAGGCUGAAAAGCUGCACGGGUUAAAGAGGUGCACCUUUUAAAAUGUAAUACUUCUCAAUUAUCAAUCGGUUGUCUAGAUAGUCUAGAUACAAUGCGUCUGGUUCCGGACCGGAUUAGUCCAACUAUGAGUGACCCCUAUCUAGAGCAUCCAAGGGUUUCAGUUUGGCUGCAGAAGAGUUGUGUAAAUGGAAUUGACUCUUUCCUGCAUUGCCUGGUACUUUUGUGUACUUCCAAAGCCAAAUGGUAUUUCUACAACCAUCACUGUCUGCACUCUCAUGCAUCCUCAAGGUAAUUUUGCCUUCAUUCAGAUCCCCAAGCCUUGAAUUUAAAGAACUUUUCCCGCAAAUUCAGCAUUCUGUGUCAAAUCAAUAAGAUUCAUAGAUGAGCUGCUCGGUGUUGUACUGUAAAUUACUUUGGAUGCAAGUCACAGGAACAACAUUGAGUCAGCAGUUUGACCUUUUGUGACCUUGAUCAUUUGUGUCUUCUUUCUGUAGUCAUGCAGUCAUCCAUGUAAAGACUCCUGGCCAAACUAUGCUAUUUAGUUUUAUGAAUGGCCAAAGUACUUUUUAGUGUUGUAAUGUUUCCUAUGAUACUUAAUAUGAUGUAACUGAAAAGCACCAAAAGAUAUUUCGUUUGACUGAAGCUAAAAACUAAAAAAAUCAAUCUCCGAUGUUAACCUCUUGUACCGACCUGUUGAUCCCGUGGUAAUUGGCAUGCUACCAGUGUGUGUGUGUGUGUGUGUGUAAGUGUGUGUAACUAGGGCUCCUGUCAGUUCAUAUAUAAAUAUAUAUUGUAUGUAAAAAAAAAAGAAAGAAACUAUUUUAAAACAAAAUGAAGAUGAAUCAACACAAAUUUAGGGUUACACAUUUUUCCAUUGGACAACUGGUGUGUGUGUGUGUACGUGAAUGUGCCUUAUCUGUCUCUCCCCAGUGAUUGUGUAAUUAGCAAUCAAAGUGCUAGUGUGCCAUUCUGCCAUAGAUUAACGAUGUGAGGUGAAUUCAUAGAAGUUGAGGGGUUUGCCUCAAAGGGUUCUGGUACUGAACACAAAAGAGCUCACACAGCUCAUACCGUAAUGGAUGAUCACAAGGCUCGAGAAACAACCUCAAAUACAAAAUAUUCUGAAGAGGAUUGAUCGUCAUACAUGAAAUGCAAUUUUGAAAUGAUAUACAAAGUAAGAUUUACGAUUGAAGUAAUUAUUUGUGUACUUUGAUGGUAAUGUUGCAAAUAUUUCUACUAUGUAUCCAGUCAACUAAAUAUUUAGAUUCUAAUACCACUUUGAAUUAUUAUCAUCAUUGUACAACCAGGAUGUUUUAGGCUUUACAAUCUCAUUACAUAUUUUUUUAUUUCUGUAUAAAAAUAAAUACAGAAAUAAAUGUAAAAUUUGUUUAUUAAAUUGUAUGACACUGUUUCUCCUCAACUCUGCUUAUCAAUUACAGCUCCUUAAACUAUGGAUCUUUGUACUGUAAUGGUUGUCAUGGUGACAGUGAAAAAUGUUUCUCUUGGAGAAAUAUUUUUUUUUCUUGGCUGAUUUGAUACUUGAUAUUUCUUUUUUUUCUCCAUUACUUUUGAUAUUGUGGAUGUUAGUCUUAUGUAUUGAUUAGAACGUCAAACUAAUGUCUGUGGAAACAAUAAAGAAUGGCAAAUAAAAGCAUAUUUGCAUGUUG